UGAACGGGCUAAAAACGUGGGUACAAAUCUAAAACGUUCGCUAAACUUUGAAACCAAACUCAUUCAAAACUAUAGCAAAAAACGUCAUACUCGUGCUACACUGUGUAUUUUCUAUGUAGCUUAUUGUAAACGGUGGCAGACGCUAGUAGAGAUUUGAUGCAGCAUGAACAAUCCAAACGGUAGGGGAGUACCCGAAGGCUACGUCAAAGUUGGACUUUUAAGACGGUGCAACGGCUCUGGUGAGAGACCCCUGUGCACCAAAAGUGACGAGGUGAGGCUGGCAGAGGAAGCCAGCAAGAAGUACGGCUCCCCAGCUCCAACCAUCUUCUCCAAAGUGAUCGACAAAAGCAUCCCUGCAGAUAUCAUUUAUGAGGAUGAAAAGUGUUUGGCAUUCAGGGAUAUCAGUCCACAGGCGCCUGUUCACUUCCUGGUUAUUCCAAGGAUUCCUAUUCCCAGAAUAAGUGAGGCCAAAGAUGAUGACGCUGAGCUCUUAGGACAUUUAUUGGUUGUUGCCAAAAAUGUGGCAAAGCAAGAAUCUCUGACUGAAGGGUACAGAGUGGUGAUCAACGACGGGAAGCACGGUGCUCAGUCCGUCUACCACCUUCACAUCCACGUCCUGGGAGGAAGACAGAUGAAAUGGCCACCAGGAUAAGGGCUUCACAUUUACUGUGGUGUCUCAGUUUAAUCCAAUAAUAAUGGCAUAAUACCUGUUUAUACACAAAGCUGAUGUCAAUGUAAAUAUGUUGGAAAAAAUGUGUGAAAAGGAAAAGUCAGAAGUUGAUGUUUGAUAUGGCUGCAAAUAAAGACACAUUCUGUUAUGGAA